GCCGAACUAACCUCCAUACUCGCAAUCGGCUUCUCCUAUUUACUGAUCAAGCUGCCUUCGAAAGGGUGAGCGAGCUUCGCAACCACGCAGACGAAGAUAUUGAUAAGAACCGAAGCGACUACGAUUAGCUUCAGCAAUGCAGCAGGUAAUCACCAGAAAACUUGAUACCCUAAAAAUAUGUCACGAUCUUGCUGUGAAUCGAUGUCUGGAUGGUUGAAUUCACGGUUUCUUGAUCGGUACAAGCAAAAGGGUUCUGGAUCGGAAGUGGAAGUAACAUGGGAGGAUCAGCUGAACAUCAACAAGUUCGGCAGACUGAAUAAUAGGUUCCACGAGCUCGAGGACGAUAUCAAAAUCGCCAAGGAAAACAACGACAAUUUGGAAGAUGCCAGCAAUGAACUGAUACUCUCAGAGGAGGAUAUUGUGAGGUUCCAAAUUGGGGAGGUUUUCGUUCACCUGCCGAGGGAAGAAGUAGAGAGCAGACUCGAGAACAUGAAAGAAGAUGCCAUUAAAGAGCUGGAGAAGCUUGAGGAAGAGAAGGAAUCGGUUCUCUCUCAAAUGGCUGAGCUGAAGAAAAUUCUCUAUGGUAAGUUUAAGGAUUCCAUUAACUUGGAAGAGGAUUAAUCUUUUGAAUUUUUAGAACACUUUCAAAGAGUGUCAUGGAAAUUGGUGAAUUGGGGGAUGUUGAAAUUUUGAGAAUUAAGCAAUUUGUUUUGGUUUGUGGGGAUUUGCGUAUUUACCAUGCAGUUUUUGUAUGUUUACAUAUUUAAUUUCAAUUGUUGAUAUCUAGUGAUAUGAUAUGUUAGUGUUAUAA